AUGGGCCAUCUGCACAUUUUGAAGUAUGCUCAUCAACAUGGCUGUCCAUGGGAUGAAGAUGUAUUUCGCGAGGCUGCAGUCAAUUGCAAGUUGGAUGCUCUGAUGUAUCUUCAUGAAAAUGGGUGCCCCUGGGGCCCUUUGGUGAGUGCUGCUGCUGCUAGACGCGGACGUCUGGACAUUUUGAAGUAUCUACACGAAAAUGGAUGCCCAUGCAAUGAAGAAGUAUUCCGAGCAGCUGCCAAGUGUGGCACUUUGCGGAUUCUGAUGCUUUCCCAUGAAAUUGGGUGUCCGUGGAAUGAGAUGACAUGCCGUAAUGCUGCUCGAAAGGGCCGUUUGGAUGCUCUGAAAUAUCUACAUGAGAAUGUGUGCCCCUGGGACCAACGGACGUGCUCUGCUGCUGCUAGCGGAGGGCAUCUGGACAUCUUGAAGUAUGCUCAUGAGCUUGGCUGUCCCUGGGAUGCAUACGCAUGCCGUGAGGCUGCUAGUCAUGGAAAGUUGGAGAUUCUAAAGUAUCUACACGAGCAUGGCUGUCCUUGGAAUUCAGACACAAGCCAUGCUGCUGGCCGCUACAACCGUGUGGAAAUGCUAAAGUAUCUGCAGGAAAAAGGGUGCCCAGGGUGGGAAGACUACUUCGAUGGUGAGAAUCUUUUGGACCAACAAUCUGAUGAGUCCACCUCGGGCGAAGAAUCUGAUUGGGACUACCUAAUCUAG